GGGCUAAGUUGAAGCUAGCCUAAAAAAAAACUUUGUUGUUGUUUUAGUUUUUUUUUUUUUUUUUUUCAGUACAAAAUGGUUAAACAAACGAUACAGAUAUUCGGUCGCAUUAAGCCCACAAAGAAAACAGCGGCGGUGUAUUCUGUGGACAAUGAAGAGGCGACAGGUGCCUCUCUGGAGUUUGUGCUUCCCAAGGACCUGGCUGAUGGCUUUGUUAACAACAAAAGGGAAUGCUACAAAUUCAGGUUCCAAAAGGUGUUUGAUCAGCAUGUUAAACAAGAGGAGGUAUUUGAUGAAAUUGCAAAACCAGUUGCAGAAAGUGCACUGGCUGGCUAUAAUGGCACCAUUUUUGCCUAUGGUCAGACGGGAAGUGGGAAGACGUUCACCAUCACCGGAGGAGCUGAGCGCUACAACGAUCGCGGCAUCAUACCGCGCACCCUGUCCUACCUCUACGGCCGCUUCAGUCAGGACAGCAGUAUGAUGUACUCCACACACAUCUCCUACCUGGAGAUCUACAACGAGAUGGGAUAUGACCUUUUGGAUUGCCGACAUGAGGCGUCGCGACUGGAGGACCUACCUAAAGUGAUGAUUAUGGAGGAUCCAGAGCAGAACAUCCACCUCAAGAAUUUGUCUCUGCAGCAGUCUGCUAAUGAAGAGGAGGCUCUGAAUCUGCUCUUCCUGGGCGACACCAAUCGCAUGAUUGCUGAAACCCCAAUGAACCAGGCCUCCACUCGUUCGCACUGUGUUUUCACCAUCCAUCUCUGCAGGCGUGAACCUGGCUCAGCCACCUUGCGGCGCUCCAAACUCCACCUGGUGGACCUGGCUGGGUCGGACCGAGUCAGCAAGACAGGCCUAGAUGGGCAGCUACUCACUGAGGCCAAGUACAUCAACCUGUCGCUCCACUAUCUGGAGCAGGUGAUAAUAGCAUUGUCGGAGAAGAAUCGUUCCCAUAUUCCAUACAGAAACUCCAUGUUAACAUCGGUGCUGAGGGACAGCCUGGGGGGCAACUGCAUGACCACCAUGAUCGCCACCAUGGCGGUGGACAAACGUAAUCUCGAUGAGUCCAUCUCUACAUGCCGCUUUGCUCAGCGUGUGGCUCUCAUCAAGAACGAGGCCGUAUUGAACGAAGAACUGGAUCCUGCUCUGCUUAUAGCACGUUUGAAAAGAGAAAUCCUGUCCCUGAGGGAAGAGCUGGCCAUGGUGACAGGAGAUCAGAGAAAUGAGCAGCUAACUGCAGAGGAGAUACAAAGGUUGGAAGAGUUAGUCGGGGCCUUUCUGACUGACCCAGAUCCAGAUGUGACCCUGUCUCUGGGACCCGAUAUGAGAAAGAUACAGCACUGUUUCCUCCUGCUGAAGUCGAUGAUUUUGGACAAAAAGAGUGCCAAGGCUGGACACAGUGAGCGACAGCAGUCACUGACAGGAAGUAGUGAGAACGCUCAACUUCUCAAUGUCAGCGCAGCAGGGCAAGAAGUGGACCAAACCUGA